UCACUCAUCUCUCCCCACUCCAGCUCUGCCCCUCACCCUCUCAUCACCACCCACCUUCACGAUCACCAAUCUCCACAGUCGCAGCAAAAUCCACGAAGGAGAGAGAGAGAGAGAGAGAGAGAGAGAGAGAGAUCAACGAAAACAGAGAUCUAUUUGCCAUGGCCUCUGCCACUACCACUUUACCGCCGCAGUUGUAUUUCGACGAGAAAUGGAAGAUGUCGAAGAAGGAAGGAUCGAGGAGUAGUACUACUUCUCGCUCUUCAAUUUCGAAGAAUUCGUCGCGGAGAUUGAGGUGUACGUUCACUAGGAAGUGCACUAGGCUCGUGAAGGAACAGAGGGCCAGGUUCUACAUCAUGAGGCGUUGUGUCACUAUGCUCAUCUGCUGGCGUGAUUAUGGAGAUUCUUGAGGGGGGGGGGGGGGGGGGGGGAAGAGAGAGAGAGAGAGUGUGUGUGUGUGUGUGGAAAAGCCCCAAUCAAAGUUCAUGGGUUUUAAUUUGGUCUUCCGAAAUUAGAAGCCCUGGUUUUUGCUUUUCCAUUUGGGUAUGACAUAAACAUGUACAUAUUUGGUUUUUUUUUUCUUCUUCUCCCCGACUCGUUUUAUUUGUAAUUUGUAAUUUUUUUUUUUGGAUCCGGUGUUUCCAUGAGUAGACGAGGGUUUUUAAUGUUACCAUCGCUGUUCAUUUAAUAUACUCAGAACCGAGUAGAGAGAAAUUGAUAUUGCAAUUAGGGAUUUUUGA